CACUAUUUGCCCUCCUAUAAUCCGCUGGACCCCAACUCCUAUCCCCGCCCCAUGCAUCGCUCAUCACAGGUACCAGCAAACCAUUCCCGUGAAGCCUCAUCAACUAAAAGCGGAGCCCUCCGUUGCCCCGCUCCGCAUCGUGAUCCGUCACGCCUCUCUCUCUCUCUCUCGACUCUCCGACGCCCACUGGUAUCUUCCUCGUCUAUCCUUCCGCUGCUCAUUCCUCCUACCCGGUCUUCGAGGUCCGAUCGAUUUGAUACCCACAACCUUAUCUUCGGUAAACCCUGGUAGAGGGGUAUUGCGCGAUGGCCUUCGCACUGGCGGGGAUUCGCUUCCCCACCGCGCGGACCGCGCGGCCGUCGUCGCGAUCCGGUCUCGAAGGCAAGCGGAGGACCGGCGCCAGCUUCUCUCUUCUUUCGAGGAAGAAGCGGUUCGCUGGGAUAAUACUCACAGGGAGUUCUUGUGAUACUGACCCUACAUCUACAACUGUUGCUGCAUCUGAUGGAGUGCUAGUUCCCGGUGCCGAAAGUGAUGAUUUGUCAUCCUCUACUGACAUGAUUUCAGACACAGAAGCUGCAUCGAGUAAUCUGCAGGUAUCACGAGAAACAACUGGUCUAAUGAUGGAGGAGUCAGAAGCUGGGCAGACAUCAAUCUCUUCUGAAUUCAUUGGUGAGGAAAGUAUGGACGAAGAUGUCAAGGAUGCAGUUUCUUCUCAAGCCAUAAAAAGAAUCGUGGACGUUCAGGAGAAACCAAGAUUUGUUCCUCCACCUGGUACUGGACAAAGAAUUUAUGAAAUUGAUCCAUCUUUAAAUGGUUAUAGAGGACAUCUUGAUUAUCGAUAUGACCAGUACAAGAAAAUGCGUGAGACGAUUGAUCAGUAUGAAGGUGGUUUGGAUGCAUUUUCCCGUGGCUACGAAAAAUUUGGUUUUCAGCGAAGUGCCAAUGGCAUCACUUAUCGGGAGUGGGCACCUGGAGCAAAGUGGGCGACCCUCAUAGGAGAUUUUAACAAUUGGAACCCCAAUGCAGAUGUAAUGACUCGGAAGGAGUAUGGCGUUUGGGAGGUCUUUCUACCUAAUAAUGCAGAUGGCUCACCACCUAUUCCUCAUGGUUCACGUGUAAAGAUACGCAUGGAUACUCCAUCCGGCAUCAAAGAUUCCAUUCCUGCCUGGAUCAAAUUUUCUGUACAAGCCCCAGGUGAAAUACCAUACAAUGGAAUAUACUAUGAUCCACCUGAAGAGGAUAAGUAUGUCUUCCAACAUGCUCAACCAAAAGCUCCAAAAUCAUUGCGCAUUUAUGAGUCACAUGUUGGAAUGAGUAGUCCGGAGCCAAAGAUAAACACAUAUGCUAGCUUUAGGGAUGAUGUGCUGCCUCGAAUCCAAAGGCUUGGUUAUAAUGCUGUUCAAAUAAUGGCCAUCCAGGAGCACUCAUAUUAUGGAAGCUUUGGGUACCAUGUCACAAACUUUUUCGCUCCCAGCAGUCGUUUUGGAACCCCAGAUGAGCUCAAGUCCUUGAUUGACAGAGCUCAUGAGCUUGGUCUUCUUGUUCUCAUGGAUAUUGUUCACAGUCAUGCGUCAAACAAUGUGCUUGAUGGACUGAAUCAGUUUGAUGGUACUGAUUCACAUUAUUUCCAUUCUGGCUCACGUGGUCAUCAUUGGAUGUGGGAUUCCCGCCUUUUUAACUAUGGAAGUUGGGAAGUUGUAAGAUUUCUAUUAUCCAAUGCGAGAUGGUGGCUGGAGGAGUACAAGUUUGAUGGGUUUAGAUUUGAUGGUGUGACCUCAAUGAUGUACACUCAUCAUGGACUUGCGGUAGGUUUUACUGGGAGUUACAAUGAAUACUUUGGAUAUGCUACUGAUAUGGAUGCAAUGGUUUACUUGAUGCUGGUAAAUGACAUGAUCCAUGGGCUUUAUCCAGAGGCUGUUGCUAUUGGUGAAGAUGUUAGUGGAAUGCCAACUUUCUGCAUCCCUGUACAAGAUGGUGGUGUCGGAUUUGACUAUCGCCUUCAUAUGGCUAUUCCAGAUAAAUGGAUUGAGAUUAUGAAGUUAAAGGAUGAAGACUGGAAGAUGGGUGAUAUUGUUCACACUCUCACUAACAGGAGGUGGUUAGAGAAAUGUGUGGCUUAUGCUGAAAGCCAUGACCAAGCUCUUGUUGGUGAUAAGACGAUUGCAUUCUGGUUAAUGGACAAGGAUAUGUAUGAUUUUAUGGCACUGGAUUUACCGUCAACUCCCAGGAUAGAUCGUGGAAUAGCUCUGCACAAAAUGAUUAGAUUAAUCACAAUGGGUUUAGGUGGUGAAGGAUAUCUAAACUUUAUGGGAAAUGAAUUUGGGCAUCCAGAAUGGAUAGAUUUUCCAAGAGGAGAUCAACGACUUCCAAACGGGAAGGUGAUUUCAGGGAACAAUUACAGUUACGAUAAGUGCCGUCGUAGAUUUGAUCUAGGAGACGCAGAGUAUCUCAGGUAUCGGGGAAUGCAAGAAUUUGAUCAAGCAAUGCAACAUCUCGAGGAGGAAUAUGGUUUCAUGACAUCAGACCACCAAUAUAUUUCACGGAAAGAUGAACGGGAUAAGAUUAUUGUUUUUGAACGAGGUGACAUGGUAUUUGUUUUCAAUUUUCAUUGGACUAACAGCUAUUUCGACUACCGGGUUGGUUGCUUAAAGCCUGGAAAAUACAAGGUGGUUUUGGAUUCUGAUGAUAAACUGUUUGGGGGAUUCAAUCGAAUUGAUCAUACCGCAGAGUACUUCAGCACUGAUGGUUUGUAUGACAACAGGCCUUUCUCUUUCUCAGUGUAUGCACCAAGUAGAACCGCAGUUGUUUAUGCUCUCUCUGAGGACUGAUGAUGAUUGUUGAAGUCACGAAAAUGCUCAAGAGAUGGCAAAUGAGAGGCUGGUUGGUUUCAUCGGUCUCAAAAUCCAAGCUGCUGAAAUGAAAAAUAAAAAAUGCAAUUGCAGCUAAUGCUUUUGAUCAUUUUCUGCCUGCAUUGGAAGCUCUAAUUACAUGCUAAUUCUGAUUAUCAAGUAGCCACCAUUUCGGAUAGAUAAUUUAAAACUUCAACGGUAGGGCUGGCCGAGAUCCUUCUCUCAGCAUCGGUAUGCUCUAUUGCUUUGUGACUCUGUCAGCUUAAAAUAAGUAGUUGCGGAUGCCUUGGCAUUAUGUAUAUGCCAUCCUUGUGUUCUGUUUUGUUUGCCGUCUGCUAUGAUUCCGUUGUCUGCUAGAUUGCAGUUUCUCUUUUGCUUUCAACAUGUACAAAGCUCAACAAGCAGGCGGUUCAAUAAGCUACAAUAAAUUACUUGCUCUCCAAGAUUGAAUGCAUGGUCGACUCUCAAA